AUGAGAGCUGAUAAAAGAUUAGUCUUCAUAUUGAACUUUAUUUCGAUUUGUACACUUAUUUUGGGUAUAAUAGGUUUAAUUUAUCUCCCAUAUUUUGAUAGCUCUACUAUUAUAGAAGAACAUGCUUUUUCAGAAGGCAACUCCAACUCUUUAUUUCCAGAUAAAUGGCUUUUGGAAGCUAAAAAAGCUACUCACAAUUUACUUAUAGCUCAAAGUAAUAUUAAAAAUAGUAGUAAUAAAAUGUCAGAAAUUUUAGUAGAAGUUUUAAGAAGAGAAAUACCUCAUUCUUUUUCAGAUAUUGCGGACUUAAAAGUGACGAAAAGACAAUUUUCAGUUAAUUCAUUGUUUGAUGAAGAAUCUACAGUCAACAGAUUUUCUGAGUAUGUAUCAGCAUUUGUACCUGCAAGACGUGGAGAUAGUUUUGAAUCUAUUUUAUUUGUAGUAAAUUUCCCAUGGUCAAUAGAAAAUAAUUUUGGUGUAGCUGAUGCUGCUGGAAUAGCUAUUGCCUUAGCAAAAUAUAUGAUUACUGUAGAAUGGCUUUCUAAAAAUAUACACUUCUUAUUUACCGAUAGCAGAUUAUCAUAUUCAGCAGGAAUUAGAGCUUUCUUAAAGGACUACUCUUCUGAAUUACCAAAUUUAAUAUAUACUGGUAUAAUUCGUACUGCUCUUGUUUUACAAAUAUUAAAUUCAACCCCUUCAAGAAUUUUAAUUGAUAUAGAGUCUCAAGAUGGGAUGAUCCCUAAUCAAGAUCUUGUUAAUGCUGUUAUAAAGGAAUUUCAAAGUAAAUUACCACGUCCACUUGCGUCAAUUGAUCCUAGAAUAAUAUGGAAUUCAAUUAUUAGGCAGGCUACUAAUGGUGGUUCUGAAAAAGCUCAUACACCACUUUUACAAUAUUCGAUUCCUGCAUAUACUAUUAUUUUAACAGAUGAUGAAACUCUUAAGGAAUACGAAUUAAAGUCUACUGAUAAGCCAAUAUCUUUUGGUAUUCUUGAAGAUUCUGAAGAUCCAUCAACUAACUUUAUUACUAGUCCUAUUAUUCAGUUAAGUGACUUAGUAAAAGCCCUUGAGGGAAUAAUAAGAAUUCAGAGUAAUCUCCAUGAAGAGCUUCAUCAUUCUUUCAAUUUCUACUUAUUUACUUCUUAUAUAUCCCAUAUAAGUUCUGGAGUUUAUAUUUAUCCAAUAAUAUUUUUAUGUACCUCAGUAGUAUUUCAAAUAAUAUCUUUACUUCAAAGAUCCAGUAGCCCUCUUUAUUUUUUAAUAAGCUUGGGAUGCCUUGGAUAUUUUAUAUUGACUAUGUUUCCUAUAUACUGGCUUAUAAAUAAUGCAUUAAAACUGACUUUAUUACAUAAGUUAUUUGAUUUAUUAUAUAAUAGUAAGUUUUAA